AUGACAUCAGCUGUCAUUGCAGACUCGGACGUAGAUGAGUCAGACGCAGCUUCUUCCCCCGAGAGCAUCACAGAGGCAGUCCUUUUACCGAAUUCAUCACCCACGACGACGACGCACCCAUCCGGUUCAACGGACCCGACCUUCUUCAAGAAUAUCUACAACGAGCAUCGGGACGCGGCUAAUCAACAUGUAACGCAUCGCAUCAAAGAAAGCGGUGAAGUCAUGGACGUCUCAUCAUUCGACAUUGGCUUCCAGGAGACCAGGGGAACAGUCAUACACAACAAGAGCCUGUGGGACGUCCCUAGCAGCCCGGACUUUCCACAGCCCAGGCCAUCCAAGAAGCAAGACGGCUCGUUGAAUCCCAGGACUAAAAUCACAAGGGGCCUGCGACGACAGCUAGACGACAUAGGAUACGUCAGCCAGGAGGAUGAGCUGCCCGAGACGACCGCACAAAGCAGGAAGAAGAGGCGGGUCGGACGACAUAGAGGCUCAGACGACUUGGUUUCGACGGCGCCCGUCAGCGAUCCGUCCCUUAUGGUGGCGCCUACAGCAUUGGCAAGUCAAAAGGAGCGGCAUGCAUCUGUUCACGGCGGCGCGUUGAACCCCGCGACGAAACCUCUGGAGCAGCGCUGUGUGAACGCCAUGUCCAGUGGGACCGCAACUAAUCUAAAUACGCCGAGGUCAAACGACGUGGAGUUGCUCGAGGCGUCCCCUGGCAUCAGAAACCCAAAGCCUACUCGGGGGGCUACGACGCGGGAUUGUUCGCCUCCUGGCCCCGUGCUUAUCCCGGUCUCGGAAAAUCAAGGUGGUGCAGCAAAGGGAACAGACGGGGAAAAGUUGGUGGUUAUUUCAGAUGAUGAGAAUGAACAGGGGGUGGCUUACGCGCCUGGUGGGGCUAAACAGGAUAACGGCUUGGCUCUCGAAGAGAUGCCGAGGCCGACGGAGAAAAGGAAACAGAGGGGUCGUCCCCGAAAAAAGGAUACGGCUGCAGCGAAGGAAGAUGAAGGGGGAAAGGAUCUUGAAGCAAAUGUUAAAAGGAAACGUGGAAGACCGAAAAAAACAGCGGCGGUACUCAAACCCGAUAAUGACGACGAGGUACAAGAAGAGACUGCGUCGGCCAUCCCUGCAUCUGUCCAGACAAAGCCGACUAUAAAACAGCAACCAGAUUCAAAGGUGGAACAGAUUAAGCACUUGGGACCAGAUGUCGCUGAGACGGAGAGCCACGCGGCAGCCAAACCGGCGACGAAAGGAACACCGGAGACGGAGACAGAAAGGUCUACGUCGGAGACGAAAGUUGACAUAAGCACUUGCGCCGUGGAAAAAACGGCGGGAAGAACACCAUCGACGCCAGCGGGGGCUUCAGGACGCCCAUUGUAUCGUAUUGGAUUGAGCAAGAAUACGAGAAUCGCGCCGUUAUUGAAAGUCAUCCGCAAAUGA